AUGUAUUAUGAUACGCCAAAUAUUCCUUUUCCGCUCGUUUGUGACAUCGGUCCUUCAUUUGAGAAAAAUCGGGCUACCAAAACAUACAAAAUACGCAGAGAGGGAGAUGACGACAAUUUCAAGCAGUUGUACAGGUUUAGUCGCGAAAAUGUAGGUUUCUUAGCAAGAACCUUUCUACCCAACUAUGAGGAAACCAGAGGGGGAGCGUUGCAAAACAUGCAAAAAAUUAAAUGUUUCCUGCGUUAUGUGGGCGAUCCCGGAUUCCAGGUGGGAGUUGGUGAGGAUUUGAGUCUACACCAAACGACCGUUUGCAAAACUGUCUGGAAAACGUGUCGAGCGAUCGUUGAAAAAUCCCACGAGUGGAUUAAAUUCCCAUCAACGAAGGAAGAAUUUGAACACGAAAAGAAAUUAUGGAUCAAAAAGUACAAGUUCCCUUACUGCAUAGGGGCUCUUGACUGCACUCAUGUGCUCAUAAAACGGCCACACCAUUUUGCCGAUGAAUUCGUCAAUCGUAAAGGAUUGACGUCAUUUAACGUUCAGGCAACGUGCAAUGGACGAGAAAUGUUCACGAGUGUGGAGUGUCGGUGGCCUGGUUCUGUCCACGAUGCCAGAAUAUGGAGAAAUUCCGCCAUUCGUGAAAUACUCUCCGACAACAACAUCGAUGCCGUUAUGCUAGCAGAUGAAGCAUACCCUAUAGCGCCUUGGCUAAUGACGCCAUUUAAAAACCUGUCAUCUGCAGAACAGAGGUGCUACAACAUUAUGCAUACUAGGGAAAGAGUGAUAAUCGAACGGGUAUUCGGACAACCUAAACAACGAUUUCCCAUUUUGCAAUCAAAAGUCCGCAUAUCAACGGAAAGAGUCCCACAGAUGGUCGUUGCGUGCUUCGUGCUCCAUAAUGUGGCGAAGAUAAUAAAUGAUGAAGAUUUCACGUUGCCGGAAGAGUCACUUCAGCCAAACUAUGUACAGUUCAAUGGGGGAGUCGAUGAUGGCAACUCUAUUCGCCGAAGAGGACAACGUCGUCGAGAUGCAAUUGCGAUGCACAUUAAAAUCAGUUAUAAUAUAGAAAAUAUUCUGCCUUCAAAACAUUAUUAA